AUGAAGAUCCGUGUGAUACAGAUCUGGGGCUUCCUGCUGGCGGUGCUGGGUUGGAUCUUCAUUGCCUGCUCCAUGGCCAUGGAGGGCUGGAAGGUCACCUCCAUCGGCGGGCAGGCCGGCAACUCCAUCAUCACCGUGGCCUGGUACUGGUCCAGUCUGUGGAGAGCGUGCUUCACUGACUCCACCGCCGUCUCCAACUGCUACGACUUUCCUGUGCUCUGGUCUGUGGAGGACCACGUCCAGAUUGUGAGGGGACUUCUGAUGGGGGGGCUGACCAUCGGCAUGCUGGGAUUUAUUCUGAGUCUUGUCGGAAUGGAGUGCACGUACAUCGGAGGCAAGGACAAGGAGAAGAACAGGAGUGUCUUCAUUGGAGGGUCCAGUCACGUGAUCAGUGGUGUCCUGGCUGCUGCUGGCUAUGCAGUGUAUGCACAAUAUGUCUCUGCCGAGUACUUCAAUCCUACUUUCGAUGGACUAAAGUUUGAUUUGGGAACUCCACUGUUUCUUGGCUGGGCAGGAUGCGCCUUCCAAAUCACAGGUGGGCUGUUCCACAUUGUGUCAGUGUGCAAGAUCUGGUCUCAGGAAUACAGCACUCCUGCUCUGAUUGCCAACGCCGAAGAGGGCAAAGCUCUACGCUCCUCUGAAACAAAUCUAUCCACAGUCUCUGAAAUCUCCACCAAAUCCAAACUCUCCAGCGUGUCCGAAAUCUCCUCAAAGCUCUCAUCUACCACCGUAUCCAAGAUCUCAUCAAAAACCGGCCGCACUUCCAGAUCUGGUCAAUCCGUGCGUUCCGACAGGUCCAAACGUUCCGUUAGGUCAGGCCGCUCUGGAAAGUCGGGAAGAUCAAGCCGUUCCUCCAGGUCGUCCGGUUCCACCCGAUCUGAGGUCAGCAGCAGGACGGUGUCUUCUCUGUCUGACAGGUCCAGGAGUCAGUCCGAACUGUUUGUGAAAAACUCAUACAUCUGA